AUGGUUUCAGUAUUAGCAGGUAUUGCAAAACUGGACAUUUUUGGAUAAAUGGUGUUCUUGAGGAUAAAUAAGCAAGCUUAUUAUAAGACCGUUUUAGGAGGUUGUGCAUCCAUUGGCGUGAUGGCGAUUAUGAUGACUAUUUUCAUCACAAAUUUUAUUACCUUUAUAUAGAAAGAAUAGUUGAAAGUAAUUACAAUUUCAGAGUACGAUGAUAAAGUUGAUCAAAUUGCUUUUAAUAACUCUAACUUCUUAUUCGCUGUUUAGAUCGAAUAAGAUAAUUUUAUUGAAAACCCGUAUUUUAAUAUAACUUUGAAACAAAAAGUUUAUUCUCGUAGUUAAUAAGGAGAUCUUUUAAAGAAGACUGAACCAAUAGAAUUAGUUCCAUGUACACUGGAUCGUUUUAAUUAAAUUUUUGCUGAAAACAAUGUCAAUUUCCAUUAAUAAUUUUAAUAACUUCAAUUAUAGAACUUUCUGUGCCCAUCGAUAAAUUCAGAAAUUCAAAUUGGAGGGACCUAAUCAAGCACUUUGUUUCAAUUUAUUGAUCUGUCAGUUUCAGAAUGCUAAAAUAAUUCGACUAAUCAAUGGAAACCAAAUUGUCGUGAAUCUGACUAACAUACAUUCAAAAUUAAAUUACUCACAGUCAAUCAAAUUAUAAACCCUUAUAAACCUAAAGAAUCUUAUGUUCAACCGUUCAUAGAUGAUUCAUUUUCUUUUUCCUUCAACAUCAAUUUUACUAAAUCUAUUAAUGCUUUCAUUACUAAAUUUGAUUUUCUUAAUGACGAAAGUUUACUUCCUAUAAGUAUGUUUGAAGAAAGAUCUUUUUAUGUAUUGGACCCAACAGAUGUACAAUAAGAUUACACAGAGAUUAUUGAAGACUCUUUUGUUAAAUUGUUAUUUCGCAAGAAGCCUUUCAAAACUAAAUUUUAGAGAUAAUAUCAAAAAAUAGAUGAAUUACUUUCCAAUAUUGGAGGUAUUCUAUAGAUAUUCUCCUUCUUUAUUGGACUACUUAAUCAAUUGUAUUUCUUAUUUUUGACUCUAGAUAUGGUAGAAUUGGGAAAUAAACUAUAUGAUUUUAGCAUUGAUGAUUCAGACCAAAAGAAAAUAUAUCAAGACAAUCUCUAAAUUCUGGUUGAAACUUAAGCUAAUGACAAUAAUGCCCAGGAUUCCUAAAUAUACCAAAAAAUGUAAUAGGCUAUUAUCGCAGAUAAUGAAAUUAGAAUAACUGACAGUUAGACAUAACCACUUAAAUAAGACUAAAAAUUAUCAACUAAAUUAUGUUGCUCAUCUGGAUUAGAUUAUUUUUAAAAUUAAUUACAAAAAAUGUUUUAGAAAAAGAAACCAAUAAAUCUAGAUCUAAAAAUAUUUUUUAAUUUUAUUACAUGUGGCAUGUUAUUUAGUAAGAUUCCAAAGGUCUAAUUAAUGAAUAAAGCAUAUGAUUAAAUUAUUCAACAAUCAGACAUAUACUCAUUGUUGACAAGGCUGAAUGAAAUUGAUAAAUUGAAAGAAGUAUUAUUAACACCCAAGUAAUUGGUCAUGUUUAAUUUUACUCCAAAGCCUUUAAUUACAUUAGAAGAAGAGGAUCUUAAAAUCAAUAGAAACAUGGUGGAAAACUAACUCAAAACACCUAAAGAUAACAAAGAAGAGAUGUUAGUUUAUGCAAGAAUGAUGAUGAAAUAAAAAAGAUAAAAUAAAAUUGGAAUGAAUCAUGAAUCAAUCAGAAAGAAGAAGAGAUCUAGUUUUAUUCCAUAACCUCUUAAUAAUUAUGUGUAUUAAUAAAUCUAUAAUGUAACAUUGGAAACUAUAAUUUAGGCAUAUGAAGAAAUUGUCAAAAGAUAACCUGGAUCAUCUUCUGAAACUCUAAAUUCGCAACUUAUUUCAAUGUUGGGGGCUGAAUUAGAAUUAAUUUACUAAGUUUGUCAAAAAAUUGAUUAAGAUGUCAGACCUUUUGCCAAAUACCAUCAAAAAUUAAAAUCGUCCCUUUCUUAGAAAAGGAGUUUAAUUAAAUAAGAUCUUGAAAAAUAAAAUGAUAGCACUUGA